AUGGCUUUGAUAGCUGAGCGAUUGAGAAUGCAACUGAACUACCUGAAGGGCGCCAGGCUAUCGGAAUCCAGCACUAUCAAAAUGCUGACGAUUUUGAAGGCGUUAGCUCAAUGCCACGUAGUCAUUGGAUUGAUUAUGCUCAUUCUAUCAGCUUUAGCUGAUUAUACAAGUGGUCGAAUGAACACAAUUCGCUUAUACGGCUUACAGGAAUGUUGUUCCUUCUACUUCUUAGUCACAGGAUUAAUCGGAUUAUGCGGAGCUGCUUCAUACAGACGUGGAUUGGUAAUUACAUUUUUGGUCAUGGCUAUUCAUGCAAUCAUCAUCUUCGUGCCAGCCGUUAUAAUAGUUUCGAGCUUUGAUAUCCAUUUCUAUCAGCAUGAGUGCUGGGGAGAAUGUGAUUGGCAUCUACUGGCAACAUCUUUACCAUCAAAUAGUCGUUGCCAGAUCAUGUGUGGUGAUCAUGUGGAUGACAACAUGAGAAUGACAAUGACACGAUUAGGCACUGACUAUAAGUUGGAUGCUGGCUUGAUCGCUGCAGCCAUUGUUGAACUAGGCUUAGCUAUUGGAACUACCGUUAUUGCUUCCAAAACAAUUUGCAGUACUGUUAAGGGCCCGUCAGUGGAAAUGGUUCCUUUGAAUGGUGGAGCAGCAGAAUCCGGUUCUGCAGCAGCACGUGAACCAUAA